UGUGUGUCAUAUGAGCAGCUGCAAUAAUGAUAACCGCUAUGUAAUGAACAGAAGGAAGCAUCAUAAUCUUAUGAGAGAGGGGGAGGAGAGGAUGGACCUGCAGAGGUGAAAGUAGAUGCUUUUUGUUAGGCUUCUUCUCCUACAGCUACACCUAACCACUCUCACCCUGUUCUAACUUCGAACCUUUCAAAGUAAAAGGGAACUCUUUCUCUCACGAACACUCCCACACAAACACCGCAUUGAGCGCGUUGUCAGAGAUGACAGCAUAGAAAUUCCACCCGGUAUCCUACAUGCAUACACAAAGCUGUAGCUGUGGUAAAAUAUAACGAACACCGGGAGCUUGGUUCGCUUCGUUGCAUGGGGGACUCACUGCCUAUCCAAAAGGCAGAGCCAGUCCCCUGACCAACAGACUAAUUCAUUUGAAUUAGUUCAUGGAUUUAAUCAUCGCCGAUGUCACGAGAUACGUAACGGAUACGGGGAUUAAUAUUACAGGCACCGAGAGUUUACACCGCGCCCGGUGUACGACUCGGUAUAUUAAACCGGUGCCUCGGUAACGAGACCGAGGGAGAACAUCAGUUAUUUCAGUAAGACUGUCGUGCCAUUUCGAUAUACCAUGGUUCCGGGAUUUAAAUAGGUAGGCUAUCGUAACGAAACCCACUGGGAGUCAUUAGAACAAAAAGCGCUCCUUCAAUUUUCUACGCCUGCUUCGCGGCAGCAGGUUGGGAUAAUAGCCACCACCACCAGGAUUGCACAAGUCUCCAUUUCACAUGGGCGAAGGCAGGGCUCGGUUCUGCUUUGGUUGGACCCGGGCUCGCUGUCAAGAACAAGACAAAGGUGUGUCGGACCCUGAUAGGGAACCGGAAACGCGAGAGAGAUGGGCCGAACUGUUCGACCAACUGGACCUCAAUAAAGACGGUAAAGUCGACAUCAACGAGCUGAGGAUAGGACUCGCUGCCCGCGGUUUACUUUGCAGUGACGCGGAGGAGAUAGUGCGUGAGAGUGACACCAACCAUGAUGGCUUGCUGGACUUUGAGGAGUUCUCUCAGUACCUGUGGGCCCACGAGAAGGAACUGCGGCUCAUGUUCCACACACUGGACCGCAACCAUGACGGGCGCAUUGAUGUCGGGGAGAUUCAACAAUCGCUGCACAACCUGGGACUGGAGGUGUCCACAGAACACGCCAUCAAAAUACUACAGAGUAUGGACAGGGACGGCACCAUGACUAUCAACUGGAGUGAGUGGCGAGAUCACUUCCUGUUUAACCCUCUUCACAACAUGGAGGGCAUCGCCCACUACUGGAAACACUCUCUGAUGUUUGACAUCGGAGAGCACAUGACAGUGCCACCAGAGUUUUCCCAACAAGAGCGCCAGUCGGGGGUAGUGUGGAGGCAGCUGGUUGCCGGGGCGAUGGCAGGGGCGGUGUCACGUACAGGAACCGCCCCCCUCGACCGUCUCAAAGUCUUCCUACAGGUGCAUGGCUCCAGCUCUAGGGGGAUCAACCUGUGGACGGGGCUGAGGGGGAUGGUCCAGGAGGGGGGUGUACGAGCCCUCUGGAGGGGCAACGGCAUCAACGUCCUCAAAAUAGCCCCAGAGUCUGCCAUCAAGUUCAUGGCCUACGAACAGAUCAAGUGGCUGAUCCGGGGCAGAAAUGAAGCAGGUACUCUGCGGGUGCAGGAGAGGUUCAUCGCUGGCUCUCUGGCUGGAGCCACCGCACAGACCAUCAUCUACCCUAUGGAGGUGCUGAAGACUCGUCUGACCCUGAGGAAGACUGGCCAGUACUCUGGCAUUGUAGACUGUGCCCGUCAGAUCCUGAGGAAGGAGGGGGUGCGAGCCUUCUACAGGGGCUACGUGCCCAACACACUUGGCAUCAUACCGUAUGCUGGCAUAGACCUGGCCGUCUACGAGACUCUGAAGAAUGCCUGGCUCCAGCGGUACAGUAAGGGCUCUGCUGACCCGGGGGUGUUGGUACUGCUGGGCUGUGGUACUGUGUCUAGUACCUGUGGACAACUGGCCUCCUACCCCCUGGCUCUCAUUAGAACACGCAUGCAGGCCCAGGCCUCCACUGAGGGCGGGCCCAAGCUGUCCAUGGUCGGUCAGUUCAAGCACAUCAUAUCACAUGACGGGGUACCUGGGCUCUACCGCGGCAUCGCCCCCAACUUCCUGAAGGUCAUUCCUGCUGUCAGCAUCUCGUACGUGGUAUACGAACAUAUGAAGAAGGCUCUGGGUGUGAAAUCGUAGAGAGAGGAAGUGAGAGGCAGAAGAAAGAGAGGGAUAUAGAGUGCAGCUCUUGGAUUUCAAGAUGGAGAGGAAGACAGCAGAGGAUUGAGGGAUAGAAGACCCUUUCAUACACAUUCAGUAAGCUUCCCGUUUACACCUAGCUAGACAGAUAUACUCACUGUUUGAAUCUCUCAGCCCCUCUGACGCUGUACCGUCAUUAAGAAAGAGGGAAGAGUCUGCGAUCAGGCUAAGCUGAUGUCUGUAAGAAAUGGCUGUGUCCGAGACAGAUUAGGAGGAGGAGGUGUGAGAGGAAGGAAUGAGAGAGGGGGGGUGGAAGAGAGAGAGAGAGAGAGAGAGUGUGCGUGCUGUAACCCCCAUUGUAGUCACAUCUCCACAAUAAGUCUGUGUGUUGCCCUCCAACCAAACACAGUGAAGCGCACAGUACAGUUUGUAUACCUAUAUGUAGGCACUUAUCUAAGGUCAGUUUCAUGUUUUGUGAAUAUAAAGUGAUCUUCCUCCAAUGACCUUGACAUGUACUGUAUAUUCUCUCUUUACAACACAGCAGAAUGUGUGGGGUUGUUCCACAGUGUGCUGUUGCUAGAACACGACCAAGCCAAAGUACCCUACUCUUUAUUUCAAUAUCUCAAAAGAGAUUAGAAUUGGAUUACAUGCACUAUGUUUGUUUCAGUUGCUAUUCUCAAAAAAGUACAUUCUAAUGGGGGAGAUUCUAAAGUUCUUAAACGAGGAAACUUUGACGUUUACAUGAUGUACUGUAUAUUGAUACAGUAUGUAUUUUGUAAGGGAAAGAUUCUGAACACAUUUGUAAGAGAUACUUAUACAGGGUCUUAUACAGAGCUGUUCCCCCGACCUAGUCCAUGAAUGGCUUUGCACUUUUUAGAAAGGGAAUGUUUCUCCCCUAUUUCAAGUGUCUCUCAGUCAGGUCCAAAAUGAUUGGCAUCCUUGAUAAAGAUGAGCAAAACAUACUGAAUAAUGCACAUUUUGACCUAUAUUGUCUGCUUCAAAGAAAUAGAACGUGAUAUAAUUUUAUACUAAGACAAUUACUCAGAGAAAGAGAUUUUGUCUAAAGAUAGAAUCCUUAAAUAACAAAAUGGUCAACCCACCACUUUUUUGGUAAAAAUCUGAGGGAAGGGCCUGGAGAAAUGUAACCAUAACGGCACUGAGCCUUUUCCUCAAAUGUUUUAUGGGAUUGGAGAACACAUUGGGAGGGACCAUCUUAGACCAUUCCUCCAUACCACUGGUUUUCAAUGGGGUUCAUGUCUAGAGACUGAGAGGGUCAUUGCAAAAUGUUGAUUUUGUGGUCAAUUAACCAUUUCUUUGUGGCUUUUGAUGUGUGCUUGGGGUUAUCGUCUUGCUGGAAGAUCCACUUGCAGCCAGGUUCCAGCCUCCCGGCAGAGGCAACCACGUGUUUGGCUAAAAUGUCCUGGUACUGGGUAGAAUUCAUGAUGUCGUUAACAAGGGCACCAGGACCAUUGGUAGCAACAUUGCCCCAUAACAUGAAUUAUCCACCACCAUAUUUUACAGUAGGUAUGGGGUUAUUUUCUGCAUAUGCAUUCUUUCUUUCCACGCAAAAUCCAGCACUGGUGUGUGUGGCUAAAGAGUUAUAUUCUCAUGUCGUCCAGCAAAUGUAAAAGCCUGGAGUUUGUUAAAUGGCAUUGGCACUUGGAUUUGAACCAGUGCUAUGGUCAGAUGACGUGAACAUAGAGAUCUUUGGCCACGCACACCAGUGGUGGGUUUUGCAUUGAAAGAAAUAUGCAUAUUCAGAAAAUAACCCCAUACCUACUUUAAAAUGUGGUAGUGGGUCUUUCAUUUUAUGGGGCUAUUUUGCUUCUGCUGGUCCUGGGGGAUUCACACGUCCUGGCCUCAAAAUCAGGAUUAUUGCCAGUUGUCUUGUCCUGGUAGUUAAUAGAUCAAUAGCUCACCCACCUGGUUUCCUAGGUCUGAAUCAGUCCCUGAUUAGCAGUGGUGGAAAAAGUACCAAAUUUUCAUACUUGAGUAAAAGUAUAGUGAAAAUCACCCAGUAAAAUACUACUUGAGUAGUAUUUGGUUGAAAUCUACUUAGGUAUCAAAAGUAAAUGUAAUUGCUCAAAUAUAGUACUUAAGUAUUCAAAUUAAAGUAUAAAUAAUUUUAAAUUCCUUAUAUAAAGCAAAUCGGACGGCGUCAUUUUCCUUAUUUUUUAAAUAAAUAACCAGGGGCAUGCUCCAACACUCAUUUCCAAACAAAGCGUGUUUUUAGUGAGUCCACCAGAUCAGAGGCAGUAGGGAUAUUCUCUUGAUAAGUGUGUGAAUUAGACAAUUUUCCUGUCCUGCUUUUGUGUUUCAGGGAAAAUGUAUGGAGUAAAAAGUACAUAAUUUUCUUUAGGAAUGUAGUGAAGUAAAAUUAAAAGUUGUAAAAAAUAUAAAUAAAAGUAAUGUAAAGAUACCCAAAAACACUAGUUAAGUAGUACUUGCAAGUAUUUUUACUUAAUAACUUUACACCACUGCUGAUUAGAAGGAAAGUUACCCAUCUAUGAUGGGCUCUCGUGUGGCGCAGCGGUCUAAGGCACAGCAUCUCAGUGCUGGAGGUGUUACUACAGACCAUGGUUCGAAUUGGGCGGCGCACAAUUGGCCCAGCGUCAUCCGGGUUUGGCCGGGGUAGGCCGUCAUUGUAAAUAAGAAUUUGUUCUUAACGGUCUUGCCUAGUUAAAUAAAUACAUUUGUGUCAUAAUCAGGAAUUCCAUGCUCUUGGUGGAAGUGAAUGUGCUGUAGGUUAUCUCCCAGUCUGGAGUGCAUGCGUAGUCCAUGUUCUGUGUAGAAUGGCUCCUGCAUCAUGUGUGGUAGUUGGAUAAAGAUCAGACCUGAAAUAAUGGGCUCAGUUUGAGGCUUGGCCAACCCAUUUUGUUGUGGAUAUUAAGAAAGUAUGCUUGUCCUCCAUGACACCAUUGUGUUGUGUAUUGAUUUAGUAGGUUUUGCACUACAGUAGUUUGUUUACUAACUAACUCCUCACUAUAGUGCGGACCUCAUAAUAGCGUAUACUGAAAGCAGGAUGAAUUGUCCAGAAGUUAUCUGACAGUGCCGCAAACCUUUCCAUGACACCCUAAUGCAAACAUCGGGGAAACCAAUUACUGUAUAGGUUGGAUGAAUGCUCCACAGAGAUCUUAAUUGGUCCUAGAAUUAUAUGAAUAGUAACCAAUUUUAUAGGAUUCUACAUGUAAUUCUAUGAAAUGCACAUCAUCAUCAUUAUAAUUUCAUAGCCGAGGCACAAUGAACUUUUACUGUAGUUUAAUUUAGGUUUAGAAUGAGAAAGUAGUUACCUUUAAUUCUAUGGUAAGUUAUGUGAUUAAUAAAAAAAAUGUGUAUUGGGAUACAGUAAUGGUCUCUCUGAUGGAUGUCAAUAGGUUUAAAUUAGAGCAGGAAAUUGAAUAAGCUGCUUAAGUGUUGUUACAUACUGAUGAGCAAAGACCAUAACAUAGAUUCUAUAAGACAUUGCUGCUGACAUAGAUUCAUAUUGAUUCAUAUGUCACACGUGUUAUUUGUCAUUUGGAAGCCAAUGACUUAAUUUCCCUGAUGAGAUUUCCACCAUCGUGUCCAUCAUGACUAUUGAAAGCCAUCUAUUUGCCUAACUAACUGGGGAUUCAUUUUUAAAUAUCUUGUCUAAGCCUUUAUAUCCUUGCUGGCUCUUUGGCCAGACUUGUAUCACAUUUUAACAGGAUGGGAAAUACGUGAAAGGGAGGAGUUUUAGAUAGUAGUUCCUUGAGAUGAAAUAGAAAGGGGAAAAGGGAAUGAAAAGGGUAGAUGAGAGAGAAGUUAUUAAGAGAUGACAGAUGAGUGAUGCAUUUACUUGAAAAGUACUGAAAGCAACUCCUGUAUUGUAGAUAAGAAAUGAACUGAGCGUAACCUCCAUAGUAAACAAAUGUAAUAUUGUAAAAAAAUAUAUAUACAGUGCCUUGCGAAAGUAUUCGGCCCCCUUGAACUUUGCGACCUUUUGCCACAU